AUGAUUUCUCCGGGCAUCUCCUUUUUUCUUCCUGCUCUUUUCAUCCUAAUCCUGCAGAUUAAUCCAGUUUCUGGAGUAGCGGUAGCCCAUCUCAACCCGAGAAGUGCAGGACCGCGCCCGCCUCUUGAUUCAUCUUUACUGGCAAUUCAAAUUGGAAGCAUCGCGGCCUCAUACGUGGUAUUUGUUGCAGUUGUCUUAGCUCUUGUCCUGUUUGUGGGACGCCGACUGCGUCGUACUGUCCAGUCAUCGAACUACUCUCUGCAGAUGCAGAUGCUGAACCCAGCAAAGCAUCCCGAAUCUCUCGAUCCUAGCCCUAUCACUCCUAUCACCCACAGUCUCCCAAGCCCAAGCCGAUCCAGCGUAUUCACUUCUUGGGGUAGCAUUCCUAAAGGGGUUCGACCUUCACACGCAUCUAUGAACGGCAGUAUGGUUACCGUGGAUGAAUCAGUGGUUGCAUCCGAUCGGCAGAAGGCCGAGGAUGAGAUGGAGCGACUGUAUGCGGCAGUCAUGCAACACGAUGCACAAAAGGCGGCUGGUAUCAAUGUUGCCUCUGUGAGAAGCUCAGAUUCGCACAGUCAGUCCCCAGAUAGCCAAUACACCAAUCCUUUCACCGAUCGGGCUGCUUCACAGGUUUCUCUUGGAGGACUAGCUGCUCCUCCUGUUCCGCCUAAGAGCCCACGACAUACCAACCGCCUGUCUAAACUGUUUAGCUCCAAAGCAGCCACCCCUUCCAAUCCCGAUGCUGGAAGACUCAAAUCUCCCAGGUUUCCCAUUCGAAAAUUGGGCAUCUCAUCUCCUUUGCCUUCGCCGAACGUGAAUGCGACUCAGACAUAUGGUCAAGAUCAGCCUCCCAUGUCGCCACGCCUCUAUACCCCUGGACCACCUCCUAGUGCGCCUCGUGUGGGACCGCCACUCGCGCAGGCUAUGUCUCCUCGUCGUGCUCGCCCACCUGCCCCUCUUACCUUGUCCACUACUCCCUCAUCUUCCUCGCCCAUUCAACCAAAGUCAUCAUCGUUGCCAUUCCGCGAGGCAUAUCCUCAGCAAAGUGCACCAGCGACAAAGACUACCUUCCUGGAGCGACCUGUCAAAAAGAAUGGGCCCAUCACAGGCAUGCCAACCCCUUACACUCCGUACAUGCCCUUCACUCCGGUAACUCCAUUUACUCCUGGAAGAACCGUGACUAGACGUCAACGCAAGCGUGAAGAGCGGACUAAUGGUCUCCGGGUCUUGGCGGAGGAUGACUUGGUCAAAGACGAUAAUGACAUGUGGGGUUGA